AGACCCAGAAGCCAACCUGGAGGUGAGCCCUGAAGCAAGCUGGAGCCAUGCAGACCAUGUGCACAGUGAAGAAGCAGACUCAGUCCCUGGAAACCCCUCUAUUGAUGUGGAUGAGGAAAAUGGGGGUCCCCAAAUCUGCCGUGUAUGUGGAGACAAGGCUACUGGUUAUCACUUCAAUGUCAUGACAUGUGAAGGAUGCAAGGGCUUUUUCAGGAGGGCCAUGAAACGCAAUGCGCGGCUGCGGUGCAGCUUCCGGAAAGGCACCUGCGAAAUCACUCGGAAGACGCGGCGGCAAUGCCAGGCCUGCCGCCUGCGCAAGUGCCUGGAGAGCGGCAUGAAGAAGGAGAUGAUCAUGUCCGAUGCGGCUGUGGAGCAGAGGCGGGCCUUGAUCAAGAGGAAGAGGAGAGAACGAGUGGGGACUCAGCCACUGGAAGUGAAGGGUCUGACAGAAGAGCAGCGGAUUAUGAUCGGGGAGCUUAUGGACGCGCAGUUGAAAACCUUUGACACCACCUUUUCCCAUUUCAAGAAUUUCCGGCUGCCAGAGAUGCUUAGCAAUGAGGUUCCAGAGUCUCUGAAGGUGCUGUCAGCAGAAGAAGCCACAAUGUGGAGCCAGAUCAGGAAAGAUCUGUGCUCAUUGAAGUUAUCUUUGCACCUGCGGGGCGAGGACGGCAGCGUCUGGAACUACAAACCCCCAGCCAAUGGUAAUGGGAAAGAGAUCUUUUCCCUGAUGCCCCACAUGGCUGACAUGUCAACCUACAUGUUCAAAGGCAUCAUCAACUUUGCCAAAGUCAUCUCCUACUUCAGGGACUUGCCCAUUGAGGAUCAGAUCUCCCUGCUGAAGGGGGCCACCUUUGAACUGUGCCAGCUGAGAUUCAACACAGUGUUCAACUCAGAGACUGGGACGUGGGAGUGUGGCCGGCUGUCCUACAGCUUGGAAGACCCUGCAGGUGGCUUCCAGCAGCUGCUCCUGGAGCCAGUACUGAAGUUCCACUACAUGCUGAAGAAACUCCAGCUUCACCAGGAGGAGUAUGUGCUGAUGCAGGCCAUCUCCCUGUUCUCUCCAGACCGCCCAGGAGUGGUGCAGCGCAGCAAGGUAGACCAGCUACAGGAGCGCUUUGCCAUGGCCCUGAAGGCCUAUAUUGAGUGCGAGCGGCCCCAGCCCGCCCACAGGUUCCUGUUCCUGAAGAUUAUGGCCAUGCUCACAGAGCUCCGUAGCAUCAACGCCCAGCACACCCAGAGGCUGCUGCGUAUCCAGGACAUCCACCCCUUUGCUACCCCUCUCAUGCAGGAGUUGUUCAGCAUCACAGAUGGCUGA